UAAUCAUCGUUUUUCAGUCAGUAUUUCAGAAAUGUUGUGACGAAAUCGAUCCAAGCAAAUUUAAUUGCUGAGUGGAAUGGAUGAUCGUGAGUCGCUCGCAGGCGGUCGUGAAAGACGCACGGCGUCUCGCAAGGUAUGCGAUCGACUCAGUGCGCUGCAGCGGUUGAAAGAAAGCCGGGGGAAAUCCUUGAAGGACAAGUACGAAAUCGAAGAGGUCGACAAUGUAUACGACGAGGUGGACGAGAAUGAAUAUUCUGAACGAGUGCGAGAACGUUCUCUUCGCGAUUUCGUUAUAGACGAUGAUGGAUCUGGUUACUUCGAUGAUGGAAGAGAAAUAUUUGACGGAGACAGCGGGGAGGAAGAUUCAGAUGCUCUUAGUACGCGCAGAAAAGCAGCGAAAGAUGCCGGUCGCAAAUCCAGUCAUGAGAAGGAAAGCGUCAAAACUGGUGACAUCCGGAAAAUGCUUAAAAUUGCUCCAUCAAAGAACAAACCAAAGGUGAGCGCCGCAGAUCUUUCGAAUGACUCUGAUCUGCUCAGCAUUAUGGCGGAAAUGAAAUGUGUUACGAAGGCUGCACCGGUUAAGCAGACGAAACCUGCGAAAAAUCCUUUCGUGAACAAGCGCCCAGCUGUUUCGGAAGAAUCUUUGGUUCGUAAUGUUCGUCCGAGAAUAACGUCCGAAGCUCCAGUGAGUUCUUCGCUUUUUGAUGCAUUGAUGGAGGACGACGCAGCGAUGCAGAACGAGGUUUCGGAAGAGAGCUCUUUAGCAAUCAGUGAUUUUGAUUCCCAAACUUCUACUAUUGCUGAGAACGGAAUUGAAUCGUUCUCGCAGGACACCGAGGGGAUCCAAGUGAAAAUGGAGAGAGAUGAUCCAGAGGCCAUGGAACCAUUGCAGAAAGAAGUCAAAAGUGAAUCGAGAAUCAAAGAAGAAAACCUCGGGGAUCAAUGGGAGCGAAUAUUGGCGCAACAAGACUCCGUUAAAGCCGAAGUCGACGAAAAGGGAGAAGCUGGUGUGCAGAUUAAGGGGUUUCCUUUGGUGAAAGAUGCAUCAAAUAAUGAAUAUUUGAAGUUUUUCUGGCUGGAUGCGUUUGAAGAGAUGAAGCAACCUGGUACAGUGUUCUUGUUCGGAAAGGUCGCUGUAGAUGCGAAAACGUACGUUAGUUGCUGUAUUUCUGUUCGCAAUUUGGAGCGUCAAGUGUUGUUUCUUCCGCGUGAAAAACAUUUAAAAACUGGCCAAGAAGUUACAUGCAAAGAUGUCUACGAGGAGCUACAGAAAAUUGUCUUGAAAAAAUUCGGAAUCAUGAGCUUCAGGGUACAGGAGAAAGACAUGAAUUACGCCUUCGAACGACCAGAUGUUCCGAACUCGUCGAAAUAUCUCGUCGUCCGGUAUCCAGCCAAGUUCGGAGAGUUGCCCCCAACGCUGACAGGAGACACAUUUAGUUGCGUUUUCGCUGCUAAAACGUCAGUUUUGGAAACUUUCUUGAUCCAGCAACGAUUGAAGGGUCCUUGUUGGCUUCAAAUUCACAAUCUAAAACCCUCUCCUGUGCCUUAUUCUUGGUGCAAGUUGGAGGCGGAUGUGGACAGUUACAAAGACGUCAAGAUGGACGUGGCGGAGGCAGCUCAGGAACCGCCGCCGAUUGUGAUGCUUUGCCUAAGUGUACAAACUUUUAUAAGUCCCAGUUUGCACAAGUUGGAGCCUGUUAUGAUUGGCAUGUUGACGCACACACGUUAUCCUUUGGCCACGUCGGAGAGGAAAGCGUCGUUUCAGGACCAUUGCUGCUUAUUCACCAAGCCGGCUGCGUGCGUUUGGCCUUACGACCAUCAGAAGGUGUUUGGGAAAUUCACCAAGACGUCCUUGAAGAAAAUGAAUACUGUUCGGGACAUGCUCUCGUGCUUUUUGGCAAAGAUUCAGCUUUUGGAUCCAGAUGUAAUCAUCGGCUACGAUUUGACUGGCUGCACUGUGGACGUUUUGCUGGACAAACUCCAUGAGCACAAAGUUCCCCAUUGGUCACGUUUGGGACGAUUGAGAAGAGCUCACGCUCCUCCAAAGGGAGGCGUUUUCGGACAUAUGGAGAGAGUUUUCACGGGAAGAGUCGUAUGUGAUGUGAAAAUAUCGAUCAAGGAGUUGAUCCGUUGUCGUAGCUACGAUCUCCCCACCGUUUGCUCGGAGGUGUUCCCGAAAAUGCGACCGGAAGACGUUCCGCCCAGUUUUUCUUCCGAAGAAACUGUCAAAUUCUACGAUUCUUCCGCAAAAAUAACAGAAUUGAUCACGUGGACGAUGCUGGAAGGGGGUCGGGUUUUGGAUCUCUGUUCGGAGCUCAGCAUUUUACCGUUGGCUUUGCAAAUCACGAAAAUCGCUGGGAACUUGCUGUCCCGGACAUUGUUGGGCGGAAGAUCUGAACGUAACGAAUUCCUGCUAUUGCACGCUUUCGCCGCCAAGAAUUUUGUAGUUCCUGACAAACAUUCCGGAAAAGAUCGGAAACUCAUUCACGACGAUGACGAAGAUGACGGCGUGGCACAGAAAGGAAAGAAGCGUAAACCGGCUUACAAAGGCGGUUUAGUGUUGGAACCGAAGAAGGGAUUGCACGAUAAUUACAUCCUGUUGAUGGAUUUCAAGUCCUUGUACCCGUCCAUCAUUCAAGAGUACAACAUCUGCUUCACGACAGUCGAGAAGACGCCUCAAGCCGCCCGUGGAAAAACUAUUGAAGAUGAGGAGGAGGAGUGGCUGCCGCCAGUUCCGGAGCAAGGAUCCAAGCCGGGAAUUCUUCCUUCUGAAAUCCGGAAAUUGGUCGAGACGCGGCAAGCUGUGAAAAAAAUGCUGAAGGAGCCGAAUUUAUCUGCAGAAUUGAAACAGCAAUAUGAUGUGCGUCAAAAAGCCAUCAAGCUGAUGGCGAAUUCCAUGUACGGUUGCCUGGGUUUUUCGCAUUCAAGAUUCUACGCCCCGGUAUUGGCCAGGCUGAUCACCGCCAAGGGAAGAGAAAUUUUGGAGCACACGCGAGAUCUCGUCCAGAAUAAGAUGGGGCUUGAAGUCAUUUAUGGCGACACUGAUUCCAUCAUGAUCAACACGAACGUGCGAGACCUGAGUCAGGUUUCUAAAAUGGGAAAUCGGAUUCAAGUGGAAGUGAACAAAGCUUACAAACUCCUGGAACUCGAGGUGGACAAUGUUUUUCGCGCGAUGCUCUUGCUCAAGAAGAAGAAGUACGCUGCCGUGAACGUGGUUGUGAAUCCAGACGGCUCCACUACGGAAACCAUCGAGCUGAAAGGACUGGACAUUGUCCGACGUGAUUGGUCAACUGUGGCUUGUGAAGCUGGUCGCCAUGUUGUCAACACGCUCCUUUCUGUCGAUCCUUUGGACGAGAAGUUGGACAAGAUUGCAACAUAUUUAGAGACUGUCGGCAACAGGGUUCGUGACGGAAAGUGCGAGUUGGAGGAGCUGACUAUUGCCAAAACGUUGACGAGAGACCCGGCGUUAUAUCCAGAUAAAAACUCGCAACCUCACGUUGCUGUUGCGAUGAGGUUGAAUGCAGAAGGGGGAAAGAAGCUCAAGGCUGGAGACACUAUUAAAUACGUCAUUUGCCUGGAUGGAACGACGUCAUCGGCGACUCAAAGGGCUUAUGCUUUGGUCGAGAUGCAAAAAGACAGUAAGCUGCAGGUGGACACGGACUACUAUUUAUCGCAGCAAAUCCUGCCGGUGGUUUAUAGACUGUGUGAGCCUAUUGAGGGAAUAGAUGCGGCUCGAAUUGCGGAAUGUCUCGGUUUGGAUGCGAGCAAAUAUCACCAUAUGGGGGCCUCAACCGCAGCUACGGAAAGGGAAGAUAUGAUGAUGUCAGCGAACAGGAUUGAUACGGACCGAUUCCGACAUUGUGAAAGACUCGAAUUGAUGUGCUCGAAAGAAAAUUGCAAGGCAAAGUUGAUACUUAACGGGCUGCUGACCAACGGCGGUGAUGUUGCGAGUAUCAAUCAAGACCCGAAUUUGAGUUUCCAGCUGCUUCGCUGUAGCAACGAGAAUUGCGAUUGGAAACCGUUUUCAGAACCAGAAAAAGUAGCGAACGCAUUGACGAAGUCCACUAGACGGUUGAUCUCCAAGUAUUACCAGAGUGCUUUGAAAUGCGACGAUCACGCAUGUGCCGAAGAGUCCAGAGCAUUGCCGCUGAGGUUUAGCAGAGGAACCCCGGUGUGUCGGAGUUGCAAUUCCGGCGGCUUGUUGAGAGAAUACUCUGAAGCUCAGUUGUACAAUCAGCUAUGCUUUUUCCAGUUUAUGUUCCACUUUGAAAAGGCCACUCUGGGAAUAUCUGCAGUCGCGAAAGGUCGUUUGACGAGGAUCCUCGCGGAAAACCGAGAUUUGCACGCGUCUCUUAAUCGUUUGAGCAACCACAUGGAGAAGAUCAUACGGUCGAAUUCUUAUUCGAUCGUAAAUCUGGGUGAACUCUUCGCGAGCGCGUUGCCGAAGAAACGAUGAUUGCAAUGUACACGCCUUUUUUUUUCAAUGCCCGUUUUUACGAGUCUGGAAUUUUCUUGACUGAAUUUUCAUUGCCGCUCUUUGUUUUUAAUGAAUUUUUCGUGACUCCUCCGUAGUGCCGGAUUUUUUAAAUUUUUAUUGUAACGCACGCGCGCGUGUGAGAAUACUUUUUAUCAUGUUUCUAAUAGUUUCUGGCGAAUGUGUUUUCAGCGAAGGCGAAUACAGCGGCUGUUAUAUUUUCGUUUCUGAUGUCAUAUUGCGACGCUCGCGCAAAAUAAAAGCUGGUGGAAAA